UGGUGGUGGCUUUUCCUCAUUCGUUGCCAACGCUCCGCACACGCGACACGUGCGUAGAAAACUCCGUAUUGCCGCGACAUUGUGCAUUGUGAAAAGUUGAAACCGUUGAAACUGGAAUAAAAUAAUAAUAGACACUGAGUGUCAGCAACUGCCGGGAAAGAUGCAUCGCGAGAACGCCUACACCAAGGAGGCCGCCCUGAAGAAUCUGGCCAGGCGCGAGUUGGCCAACGGCCUGGACAAGGAUCCAAUUUACAAAUUGCGCCUGCAGUGCUUCAGUCGCGGGGCCACCGGCAUCUUGGGUCUGUCCAGAGCAUUUCGGGUGAUGGAUGAUGAUGGCAGCAAGACUCUUAAUGCCGAGGAGUUCAAAAAAGGAGUUACGGAUAUUGGACUGGAGGUGAGCGAUUCCGAAAUCGAGGACAUGUUCACCAGCUUCGACACAGACGGAAGUGGCAACAUAAAUAUGACAGAAUUUUUGGUAAAACUUCGGCCACCCAUGAAUAAUUCGCGUAUCAGCAUCAUCGAAAAAGCCUUUGAUAAGAUGGAUGUCAACGGCGAUGGUCAAAUUACUGUUGCCGAUUUAAAGAACGUUUAUUCGGUGCGCGAUCAUCCGAAAUACUUGAGUGGCGAAAUGACAGAGGCUGAGAUUUUCACGGGAUUCCUGAAGAACUUCGAGGAGGGUGCUCCGAAUCCGGACGGAGUUGUGACCAGGGAGGAGUUUAUCAACUACUACGCUACGAUCAGUGCCUCGAUCGAUAACGAUGCCUACUUCGAUCUGAUGAUGCGACAGGCCUACAAACUAUAGAUUGUGUUCCUCUUAGAAGUUUAAAGCUUAACGUCCAUUCGCCGUCUUUACAGCUUGAUCAGUUAAAUCAAUUUCGCACAUGUAAUAAUAACAAAAACCAAGCCAAGUUUUAAUCAAAUUUACUAGUACUGUUGAAAGCUACACUGCAUGUUUUAUUUUAAUCAACUAUUGAGGAGUUAGGAAAUUAAUCAAUAAAUAUUUUGGAUUUUUUCGAUGACAAUAUUGAAAUACAACAAAUAAAUUAAUUGAUUUAAAUAUCAGCUUGAUGAAAUAAUAGUCAAUAAUAGCCACAGAAAAUAUAACAUACUGCAGAAGCGAAAUCAAAACUUAAGUAUUCCUUAAAAACCAACUUUAAUUGUCAGUUGAUUUGGUCUUUAAGCCGCGUAAGCAAACUUUAUAUUUGGCUUUGCCCAGCGAUUUGCGAAAUGACAACGCAAAUCAGUCCAGCCGUAAACAUUGACAUGACCGCCCCCGCUUCGGUUGUAGUUUUAGCCAAAUAAUGCGCUAUAAUAAUUUAUUAAAUUAAAGCCGCGUGCUAAUUAGCAUAAAACUAAUUAGAUUACUUGUACAAGCGAAGCCACAUAGCACGGCGUAACACUCGCUGAACGGGCGACUGAGUUGGGUUUGAAUUUAGUUGAUGGGGUAAGUGCGGUGUACGCG